GCUGGCAGCACCGGAAGAUCUCAAAGACCGGAAGAGGAGGAAGAUGAAGAUUCAGGCGACUCGUCUGGCUCUUCGGCGACUCGAAGACGAGGUAGAAUGAGAGCUGAACAAGUCUCUUCAUCUUCUGGUACUAGAACACGAGGACGGGUAGAGGAUGAACAAUCUCAACCAGCCUUGCUGAGAACAGAAGAGACGAGCUCGGCAACGCAGAGUGUGGAAAAAGUGCUAGCUCCUUCUGUCGAGGGUCUGCAAGAUGCAGAAGCAGAGUCAAUAGGCCUGGAGGAGCAAGAUCCUGCAAUCUUUCUCAAGAACCACGAGGAUGCUCCAACUCCCACAGGUCGUGCCAGCACACAGAAUUCUUCUGGACGAGGGUCGAAACAGGAGUCGAGCAAAGAAGUUUCAGCAUCAUCUCCGGAUCUCUCCGCCUCUCACGACCACGACCAUCAGAGAGAUAGAGUCGUUCUGCAAAGUACGAGAGGAGACCACUCCUGGACGACUAGGAAGAACAUCUCAUCGUCUGCAUAUGAACUAGAAGCUGCUCAAGGUGGUCCUCGAAUUCAUGAUCCGUUUGGAACAAGUACACCUUCUUCUGACUUCAUCCUCCAGCAAGAAUCCGAUAUGGUGCAGCUUCAUCAUCCUUCUAGUGCAACUGACUUCAUCCAAUCGUCCGAAGGGGUGCUCCAAUCCGAUGUGGUGAUCCCUGGUGUAGAUAAAAGCGUUUUUGAUUCUUUCUACUGGGGAAACGCGCCGUUUACAGCUCAUCGCGUAGAAGAGCAGACGCACGCAACCGAGUACUCGCCAGAAUAUGAAUUUGAAGUUCAAGUCCCUUUUUCCACCAACAUCCUUUGCUAUAGGUAUAUUGAUGGUAAGGAGAAGGACUCUCUCAUCAUCAACAAGGGAAAGGACCCAACAGCUGAGAAGAGAUGGUUUUAUCAAGAAGGAUGAUGGAAAGAAGAAAAACGAUAUGAUCCUUUCAUUUAGGAACUUGUUUUGGGGAGGAAACCAGUGACACGGCAGGAGUCAAAUGCUAUCAUUAAGGCUAAUUUUUCAGUACCCCUGGUUGAGUGAGAUGCCGAGUGGCGCUCCCCUCGAUUUACAGGGGAAUAAAUCAAAGGGGACGCGGGGCAUCUCACUCAGCCAGGAAUAGUGAAAGACUAGCGAUAAUAUCAGAAUCGUGAAAUGAUUUCUGGAAUCAAUGUGGGCUUUCUCGUGGGAACCUUUUGCACGGCAAAGAACCAGAACAACUACUUUUAAGGCUUCCCCUAAUGAUUGUCCAUCUCCAGAAGCAUUUCGAAGCUGUCCCAUAAGAGGAAAAGAGAUCCGAGAUGGAUCUCAGGGGUAGGGUUGGUGUAGGGUGCCACCCUCUAAAACUUGCAACGCCAAUGGCUUCAAUACCAAUGGCCAGUUGGCGGGCUCGACAAUCCAGAUGGAGACCUCCGGUUUUGGAGCUAUUCGUCGUGUAACGAUAUGAACAAGGAUGAGCCUCUGACAUGGUGGGAUACGAUCCAGCUGCGGUUCCAGCUCCAGAUGGCUGGCGAUCCAGGUCAGAUGGCCUGGAAUAGUAUGGACCCGAUUCUAGGAAGAGUAGUGCCUGUAGUAAUAGUGCCUCUAACUUCUCAACAAAUGAUUCCGGAGGUACUUCUUAUUGCUUGGAAAAACCUCAUCAUCAUCAUGGGCAUAGGCAAAAAAAAAAAUUUUAAUAUGGUAGUUAAGUAGGGCUAAGUAUAGGUUAGGUAGAUACGUAGUUAACUAAGGCUAGUUUAAGUUGAGGCAGCUGCUGGCAGGCAGCUGGUGUAGUGGCAAGUGGACUGGUCUGGCGACAGGUCAAGAGAAGGUCCGGCUGAUCUGUAACUUCUAAACAAGUAAUUGCGGAGGUACUUCUCUACUGGCUGGCCUCACAAGUAAGUAGACGCUAAUAGCUACAUAAGAGGCACCAUGACAUGACAUGACAUGACAGACCCAUAAGGUCAGACAGGAAAAACUGCGCUCAUGGAUCCUCAAGAAGAUGGAAAUACAGGAGAUACGUUCUAACCAGAGACGUAGUUCUAAGUAGGAAGUAACCGAUCCACCUCAAGAAGAGGGAACUGCACAGGUACGCCUAGGUUCAUCUAAGUUUCUGCGUAGUACGAAGUUGCGUCUUUUCUUGCGUACUGAAUGACGAGUAUCAUGCAGCUUUUUCCUUUCAUAGAUUCCAUCUGGCACUCACGAGCUAUCGACGCCAUGCCCCACCGGAACGAGAGCGAUCGCGGGGGGCUGCCAAUUCCGGACCGAUGGUGACCUGAAAGGUUCUCUCGGGGGGUCCUUUCGGGAUCCAGAUGACCCGACGAAGUGGAUUUGCCAGUUCGGGACACCCAAGGGCUCCAAGGUUAAGUCUAGCAUAUCACUAUCCCAUGGAUCACCUUCACAGCUUCAACAUCAGAGAAAUUCGUCGAACUCAGAGGAGACCCAGGGAAGUCGUAGGCCCAACCCGAAUCGACUAACAUCAUCGUCGUCCCUUCUAUCCCAUCUGGGCUGCUAUGCUGAGUGGGGUCCCCUUUGAAAUCUGGGCUAUGCUGAGUGGAGUCUUCCCCUUAGAGGUCAGUCUAGGCGAUCAUCUUGAGGGAACAAGGAAGGGAAACCCACUCCCCGGGGACGUUGACGAGGAUUAUGGGGGAGAAUUAUCCACGUGGUUUUAGAAACAACUGCUAUACAGGAAAUCUCAGAGACUUGACUGAUGUCCUUGCUACAUUCUUACUCCUCCGAAAUACUGAGCUUAGAAAGUCCUAGGCUCGUCUUACUAUUAUACAGGAAAGGUGGAUACGACUAUCACAUCAGAUAGCAGGGAAAAACUACCUUUAACACUGGUGACGUUAAAGGGCGCGUCUUCUGCAUUGGCUCAGCCAGCGACUUGUGGCGAUACGUGUAUUAUAAACAAGGGAGUAUUAAGGCUUGUACUACGUAGCUAGUAGGUUCCCUAGUGGUUUCAUCUCACCGAUGAUUGAGGAUGAUCAUUUGAGGUACACUGAUGAUGAUGGCUAGUACUAGUAGAGUAGAUUUAGCUCCUGCCUGUUCAUCUUUGAAAGCAUCCUUGAAAAGAAUCGAGGCUUAUAUUUAAAUAUGUUCCAGGGGUGGAGGGCUGUUAUAUAGGAAGGCUCUUCUUCUUGCUCCUGGUGAUACUCAUCUGUCUUCAUCAAGGAUGCAGGAGAAGAGUGACUUGAUAUGGAGAGCUCCAAUAAGGGUUGCGAUGUGCUGUAGUAGAAAGCAAACAAGGCUAGUUGACAAUAUCUAGGAGGAACUCCUACUUCAAGGAGGUCGGAGCAGCAGAAGGACCUUCCCUGUCGUGGCACGCAGCAAAGGAUAAUGAAAUUGACUAAGAAGCACCUUCCUUGUCUAAGAGGGUCGAAUCAAACACGAAGUCACAUACGAUAGACUGCGAUCCCGGGACGCAUGUGCUAAAUGUAGGCUGUGCGAUCGAUCGUGACAAUCCCGCUAGCGAUGCAAAGUAUCAGGGGGUCGAGCUCACGGCGUCCAAACCUGGUAGUGCCGCGACCAUGAUUACCGGUGGAAAAUGCUACGCAUCUGAAAAUGCAAAGAUUUAUGAAGAAUGAACUGUCUAAAUUUAUUACAUCGAGCUCGUAUUAGACCUCUGAUGCUCUUGCUCGUAUUAGACCUCUGGUGAUUAUAAUCGAGAGAAGUAGAAAUAAGUGUACUGAUCCGCUGUUUAUGCAGAAGUAGAAUGUCGUGCACGAUUUUUUCAUCGCUUCAACUUCAAGUUAGUAUUGGUAGUACAUGGUAUUGAGAGGAAUUUUAGUUCUCUCAUUUUUUGGCUGCGAGGUGUGGGCAGAAGUGGCAGAAGUACUCAACAGAAUUCAGGGCUCCUACUUUUUUCGGCGUCUCUUAUUUCAUGACGUCAUAUUAAUUUGUAUCAGAUAUUCCGCGCUGUAGUCGGGGGCUCCUCAUUCUGCAGGAUCCAUAAUUUAAGUACCUGUAACCUAAGAACCUCCUGUCACUCCUUUGAUACUGUCUUUCAAAUCCUCAUCUCCUUUCUUCAUACUCUCCAGCUCUUCGCUUUGUGUUUGUCUCCAGCUCUUGAUUGUGCGGCGGCAAAGGAGUGGAGCUUUAGUUACUGUAGCUCCAACGACUAUAUGGGAUGGCAUCCAGCAGCUGGCCUACGCGAUAGAAAAUGCCCUGGCAACGUGUGCACUCCUUAAGGCUGGAGGUUCAUUUGAAGACGCAGGAGUCUGCGAGCAAGAUCCUUUAAAAGUUAUUGUAAUUCUUGUAGGAUAGUAGUUUUCCCUGGUGCUUCGUAGGUGAGUCCCCCAAUCCGAUGUACUAAUUGAUCACUCUGGCACUUAUCCCACGCUUAACUCGUUAUUGUGAUUGAUCUAGAUCGUCCUGGCACUUCAUUAUUUCUCACGCCUAGUUAUAGAACUACUAGUACAGCUCCUCGCGAAUCCUUCUAAGAGCUUGAUCGCGAAGAUCGGAGUAGUUGUUGUGUCCAAUCCAGCACAAGCACAAGUACAACAACGACCAAGACGCACACGACAACCGUUACUUAAGGCUAGCACCUAUAUCACUAUCCCAUGUGUGAGUUCCCACUGAGUGAACAAGGCCCGCUUGGUUCAAUCACUAUGCCAUUGACUGAGCCAGAUCACUUUCUUUUAAUACUUUCAAACUUGCUGGGUCGCGGAUUCCUUUGAUCACGUAUCCCCCUGAGUGAACAAGUCUUCCUUGUAAAGAGGAGAAAAUCAAGGGCGGAAAGGGAAGCAACUCACUCAACCACAGAUAGUGAAAGACUAUAACUACCUUUUUUAAGUAAUCACGACUACGAAAACAACGACGUCAACGGAAACAACGACGACCAAGACUAGUUCCACCACAACCACAACUUCAACCGUGACCAGCACCACGAUUACCACAACUCUCGCUGUUUCCGUAGCGAAUUUUACUGUUACGAUUCUUCACAUGAUAGAUUGGCUAACUGUCACCAUAAUAUGAAGAAAUAGAUAUUAGAAAAUCCAGCUUCCUGUUCUUGAACUACAUUUUUAUAUUCGAGAUCUAUUUCAUUCGUUACCUCGUGGUCUUGGCUAUCAUACUACUGGCAAGAAGGCUAUGCUUUGUCCUUAGUCAGUCAAAAAUCUAGUCCCUUCCCAAUUAUUUUCUGAUGUUCAAACUAAUUUGUAUUUCUUCACAAUCUAGCAUAUCAUUUUUUGAUGUUCGUAUUUUCAAAAAAGAUAGUCACAUAGUUUUACUACAGCAUCAAAGGAGGCACACCUACUCCUCUCUUCUUUUCAUGGCCAGUGUCGCAGCGAAGAAAAAGGCCCUUGCAAUGGCACCGAGCGAGGGCUUCAAUCUGUUUUUUUAUGAACCAAAGAACAUCUCUCGGAGUGAAGAUUCUUUCGCUCCCUAUGCAUAAUAUGAUCCUCUGUAUACUAACUUAUCUUCUACAACAACUCGUGAGAAGUACAUUUCCAGCUGUUCGCAAGAAUUGGAAACAGUAGUACCUAUACUUAAAAUCUUCGUGAAUUGGACACGCAUCAAGCUACACGCAGACUCCGAGACAGAGACUCUGAUGCUUCUUUGUUCAUACUCUGAUGCUUGGCGGAUUGGGCGUUGCGGUCUUCGUUUUGUGGAACUGGUUGGGAGCUGAUGAUGACGGAGGCCCUGUGUACUGAUGGCGUAGGAUAGUCCCUGUUGAUGACGUUGGAAGUCAGAAGCAUUCUCCUUAAUCUAGUCCGUUUGUUAGUUUAGUCAAAACCUAUGUGAGUAAGCAUCAUGACGAAACACUAUGACGCCGCGGGGCAGUGUGCACUGAAAACUGCGCGAGAUUAGUUGCAUUGUAUUGUAAGUACUACAAGAGUAGACGCAAAGCCAAAGACGAAGAGGACUGGUCUUCUUCUCGUUGUAUAAGUACUACAAGAACAAGAGUAGACGCAAAGACGGAGGUGACUGGUCUUCUUCUCGUUGUAGGAACUUCAAUCUCGUAUUACUACUGCUCGGUCUUCCACAUUAACACCCUUUGUUGUGCCUCUUCUCAUCAAGGUUAGUAAUUCAUUGCACGUAGCAUAGGUUUCCUGCUCUGUUAUAGUUUUUGUACGAUGUGGAAGUGAAUGGGCACACGCUCUGCGAUUUGUAGGGGCCUAUAGAAGUUGCCCUGCGGGUGUAUGCUGUAACUUUGAACUUGCUUUCCGACAGUAUGAUCCAAAGUAUAAAUAUAUGUUGCGAAAUUUUCCUCAAC